AUGGAGUCUGUGACCUUUGAUCAUGUGUUUGUCAACUUCACCCUGGAGGAGUGGGCUUUGCUUGAUCCUUCCCAACAGCAGCUGUACAGAGAUGUGAUGGUGGAUACUUUCAGGAACCUGGCCUCCAUACAAAAAGAACAGGAAGACCAGACUGUUGAAGAAGUGUGUAAAAUGGAAGCCAUCUUCCUCAGGCAUUCAUCCCUGAAUAUGGCCUUCAGAACUUACACUGACUCCAAACUCUAUGAGUACCAGGCAUUUGAAGAGAAGCUGUGUAAAUGCACCACAUGUGGGAGAGCCUGCAGUGAUCCCCAGUGCUUCCAGAAUGCCAAGAGCACCAACACUGGAGCCAGAACCCACGCGUGUAAGCAGUGUGGGAAUGUCUUCAGUCAUCCCACCUCCGGUAGGAUACACAGACGGACUCACACAGGAGAGAAACCACAUGUGUGUCAGCAAUGUGGAAAAGCUUUUAGUUCUUCCAGUUACAUUAGGAUACACGAAAGGACGCACAGUGGGGAGAAGCCUUAUGUGUGCCCGCAGUGUGGGAAGGCCUUCAGCUACCCAGGUUAUGUUAAGAUACAUGAAAGGACUCACACAGGAGAGAAGCCCCAUGUCUGCCAGCAGUGUGGGAAAGCCUUCUUUACUUUGAGUGAUGUUCGAAAGCAUGAAAGAACUCACAGUGGUGAGAAACCCUUUCUGUGUAAGGAGUGUGGGAAAGCCUUCAUUGAUUCAAGUUCCUUGCAUAAACAUAAAAUAACUCACACUGAAGAGAAGCCCUACGUAUGCAGACAGUGUGGAAAAGCCUUUAGGUCUUGUGGUUACAUGACCAUACAUGAGAGGAUUCACACUGGAGAGAAGCCUUAUGUCUGUAAUCAGUGUGGGAAAGCAUUUGGGCAAUCCAGUCACUAUCUCAUCCAUGAGAGAACUCACACUGGAGAGAAGCCCUAUGUGUGUAAGCAGUGCAGGAAAGCCUUCUUUACUCUGAGUGGUUGUUGGAAACAUGAACGAACUCAUAAUGAACAGAAACCCUUCCUUUCUCUCCUGGCUGAGGAGAAUGUCCGCAAAGUUGGGCUGCGGGAAGAUCAGGUGGCUCUUCCCCGAGUCCGCGGUGAGCGACACCUCAUGGGAAUAGGUCUGCAGGAAAGCGUGCAUCCCAUCCACACCCACCAAGUGUGA